AUGGAGCCCAGAGCGCGUGCCGGCAAAAAUGUCGGUAAGAUGAACUUUGGCCACAACGAACUCGCCCAGCUCCUCUACGGCCACGGCGACGUACGCGCGCCACUUAACGAGACCGUCCGCAUACUGGACGAGAUUCUGACCGAAUUCAUCCAAGGAGUGAGCUUCGAAGCAACACGGGCUGCACAACAUGCCGGGCGGCAAAAAGUAAAGUUUGAGGACUUUGAGUUUGCCAUGCGACGCAACCCGCACUACAUGGGCAAGAUUCAGGAGAUGUUUGAGAAGAAGAAGGAGAUUGAGGCGGCGCGGAAGGGGUUCAAUAUUGAGGACCAGCUGAUGAAGGAUGCGGAUAAAGAGGAGAAGGCGGCUGAGAAGGACCGGGAUAAGGGGAGUAGCCGGAAGGGUGGGAAGAAGGUGAUGUCGCGGGUGCAGAUUGGGGAGGAGGAUUUGGAUGAUGGAGGCGAUGAUUUGGAUUUGGGACUCGAUGAACCUCUUUAA